UCGUUUUCCUUCCUUCUUCUGCACCUUUCGUCUUUUCCUUCUGUCUUUCACUCUCUCCCAGACCUCUCGCUAUUAUAACAAUAUAUAUAAUAUUCAAUUAAAUAAAUAAACAAACAAAUUAGUAAUAAAAAAACCCUUUGGCUGCAGAAGCUGUCAUUUUUAUUUGUUUUGUGUUUCAGGUUCUUUCAAUUUUCCCGCUCUGUAUAUAGAAAACCUUCGUUACUUCACUUUCUAUCCUUUCUUCUUCUCCUUCUUUCAAUUUUUGAACAUGUUUUCUUCUUAAGCUAUAUAAACUGAAGCAGUGGUUUCAGAUAUUCCAUUGUUAUAUAUAUUGUCUUUCUCGUUUUCCGGGAAAGUGGAGAAGUAAAAUAUGAAUACCAGAGCACGCACCAGUCUUCACUCCAUGAAAGCACCUUUAAAUGCUUCCAAACAGAACAAGAUGGAAAAUACUAUUAGAGGGAGCAGCAGAACAAUGGCUUCUCAGAAAGCCGCGAAAAACCUUCGUCGAUCUAAUCGAGAAAGGAAAAUGGCUCUGAUACAAGAUUUAGACAAGUUGAAGAGGAAGCUCCAGCAUGAAGAGAAUGUUCAUAGAGCCCUAGAAAGAGCAUUUACAAGACCAUUGGGUGCAUUGCCUCGUCUUCCUCCUUAUCUUCCUCCAUAUACAUUAGAGCUUCUGGCUGAAGUAGCUGUGUUGGAGGAGGAGGUGGUUCGACUUGAAGAACAGGUUGUGAAUUUCAGACAAGGUUUAUAUCAAGAAGCUGUUUACAUUUCCUCCAAGAGAAAUGCAGAAAAUAUGAACGACUCUAUUGAGCAAAACACAGCAAGAAUCUCAAAACAUCAAAGAUCAAAGUCAUUUUCGCAGAGCGAGUUUCAUUCGAUGACAAUGGGAAGGCCUCAGCCUUCUCUUGCCAGAAGUGCUUCCAGCAGGAAGCUGUUUUCCUCUGACGUUGCGACCGAUCACACAGGGAAGCUAGUCAACGGGAGGCAGUUUCACAGAAAACAAGAGUCAUUUUCAUCUAUUCCAGAAGAGGGAAAAGGAAAAGAGAAUAGAUUGUUUAGUAACUUGGUUAAGGAUAAGCAAUCACCGGAAAAGAAAACUGCCAAAGUCAAUAUCCCUAUGAAGAAAUCUCCACUGAAACAAGAAUCAGCUGAAAAGUGCAUGGAUCACUUCAAGUUACAGCUGGAUUGGAGAUUAGCAGAUCAAGAAAUGGCACAGAGUUCAUCAACUUCGUCUUCAGAUGAUAAGGUGGUAGAAGUUGAUAGCACCCCUAACAGAAUUUCAGAGGAUACUGUUAAGUGCUUGUGUAGCAUAUUUUUAAGAAUCGGAACAUCCAAUGACUUUUUGAUGGAGCCGAGAACGCCGCCAUACUCUGACAGGGAAAGCAGCAAGGAAAAAGAUCAGUUGUGUGAUCCUUAUGGUAUCUGUUCGGAAUCCAAAACAACAGAUGUUGGUCCAUACAAAAAAUUUUGUGAGGUUAAAGGCUCUGUUGAUCUCAGCAGAACAACAAGUACCCAUAGAUUAAAGUCCCUGCUUGGGAAGCUUGCCUCUCUGAAUUUGAAGGGUCUUUCUCAUCAGGAAAAACUUGCAUUCUGGAUAAACAUUUAUAAUUCCUGCAUGCUCAAUGCAUAUUUAGAGCAUGGAAUACCUGAGAGUCCUGAAAUGGUUGUGGCACUAAUGCAGAAGGCAACAAUAACAGUGGGAGGCCAGUUACUCAAUGCAAUUACAAUAGAACACUUCAUAUUGAGAUUGCCAUAUCACCUGAAGUUUACAUGCCCCAAAGCGGGAAAAAACGAUGAGGUAAAAGCACGAAGCAUAUUCGGCCUGGAAUGGUGUGAGCCAUUAGUGACGUUUGCACUAUCCUGUGGAAGCUGGUCUUCACCUGCGGUGAGGGUUUACACAGCAUCAAAAGUUGAUGAAGAGUUAGAAGCAGCAAAGAGAGAGUAUUUACAGGCGGCAGUUGGCAUCACAAAGGGGAACAAGUUGAUAAUUCCAAAGUUGCUUGACUGGUACUCCCUUGACUUUGCAAAGGACUUGGAUUCCUUAUUGGAUUGGGUGUGCCUCCAACUGCCUCAUGAAACAAGGAAACAAGCAGUUGAAUGCCUCCAAAGAAAGGGUACAGAGUCUCUCUCACACCUAGUACAAAUCAUGCCCUAUGAUUUCAGUUUCAGGUUAAUUUUGCAUCAGUAACUAAGAUUCUGCUCGGUAGUUGGAACAUGAGACACAAAUAGAGAGAUACAAUAAUGCUAUGCGCAAAUAAAAAA